CGACGUUUCAAUGGUCUACCCUGUCGGUGAAUUUGCAAAAAUUUCAGGGAGCUAAAAAGGAAAAAGAAAUAUCCGGUGAAAUUUACCAACUAUUAGCUCAACUUUCCACAUUCCUCAUACUAAUUUACUAGCAGGAACGAAGAAAAACAAUGGUCAAGAACUAAGAAGAAAUGAUGACUUCUUUUUACAAGUUCUUGAGCGCUGAUAACUUCACUUGUCAACUCCGAUUGCCGCCUCAGUUUGUGAAGGAUUAUGGGGAGAACUUCUCUGGAAAUGCCAAACUCCAUACUGAAUCUGGAGAUUCAUGGACUGUCAGAAUCGAACAAAUUGGGCAGCAGCAUUUCUUCACCGAUGGAUGGACCAAAUUCGCCCAAGAUCUCGAUCUGAAAUUCCGGGAAUUUCUGCUCUUCAAGUUUGACGGGAAGUCGACGUUUGAGGUCUCAGUGUAUGGAAUGAGUGGCUGCCAGAAGCAGUUACAUUCUUGUCCCAGAACCCACGAACAAGCUGAUUAUGAUAACCCUCGCGCUGAUGAUCGUGUUCUAAGGACGAGGCACGAUGAAUUCGUUUCUGGUGAAACAGAUGAUCGACAAAUUUGGAGUUUUAUCAAGAAACUUACCAAAAACCACGAAUCCAAACUGGAAAUUCCCAGAGAUUUCGUUCUGGGCAGUGGAAUUGUGAGAAAUAGGAAGCUGACACUGGUGAAUGCAAAAGGGAAGAAGUGGCCAGUUCAUGUAUCAGCGAAGAGAGGCGGUAGGUUCGCUAUGACUGGGGGAUGGAACGAAUUUCUGACAGGAAACAGGGUUGUGGUUGGAAGCACGAUUUCUUUCGAACUAGUCAGCAGUUCAGACAAUAUAAUCGAAGCCAAGGUGCUCAAAAAAGAAACUGACGGUGAAUUAUUCAGUUAUGCGAAGAAGAAAAGGGGGAGGCCUCCAAUACUCCGCAGUUCUUGAUAGGAAAAUGUUUUCUUUUGUUCGUUGUUUUCUUCUGGAUCUGUAUCUAAGCUGGUAGCUUGUGUUCUUGGUUUUGAACACCUGGACUCAGUAGUUAAAUCUUUUUUUUAGUUACCCGAGCGUCAAUCGGGAGGCAUGAACUUAGCAUCAGGUAAAUCUUGAAAUGCUGCAAGGAUUCUAGAAUGGCAUGCUUCAGCCCAGAA